AUGGACUACCGAGUGCUACGCUUGGCAGGGCUGGCGUCCUCCCGCUCCCGGCGUCGUUCCCGGUCACCUGACCGGCGCCCCGUGCGAAAGGUGCUUCUGUACGGUCCUUCGGUGACGGGCAAGACGUGCUUGGCCAGUGCCAUCGUGGCGCGUAACACCAACGCCACCGUCUACUACGUGUCAACGCCCGUGCUGCUCAACAGGUGCCGCCUCAGGGGGGAUGUCGUGCUGGUUCACUCGCUGUUCGACGAUGCUCUGCGCCGAUCACCAUGUGUGCUCUGCUUCGACGACCUCGACGCGUUGUGCAGCCUCCCAAAGUCACCAAGGGACCAGGAGCGCCUGCGGGCCCUGAAGUGCGCGUGGCUGGAGCGCGUGUCCCGGCUGCCGGCCAAGGCGGGCCCCGUGCUCGUCAUGGGCGUGAUCAACAACCCGUGGCUGCUGGACGACGAUGUGCGCUCGCAGUUCGAGCGCAUCCUGUUCGCGCCGCUGCCCCAGGAGGCCGACCGGUUGUGCCUGCUCAAGCAGCUCGUGCGAAGCCCCGCGCUCACCGACGAGGACUACAGACUCCUGGCGAAGCGUACCGAAGGUUUCACGAGCACCUUCCUGGCCAUGUUGGCGGCGGACGCGCAGCGCAACGCACGCGCCGUGUGCGAGCACGUGUACGACCGGGCCGUGGACACAUCGGGAGCGCUCAAGGUGACCCUGAGCGACAUUCUCACCUCCAUGGAGAAGGUCGAGCUGCCCGAGUCUGUGAGCCGCAGGAGCAGCGUCACCAGCUCCAAGACCGAGUCCACCACAGUGGCAGCGCUGCCUUAGUGCCAGCGAACGAAGGGGCCGCAAGCCGGGACAGGCCGAGUCAUGGGCUAAAAAAAAAAGUAUGCAG